CCUACCAGUCAAGGGUUAAGGAAUGAGACAUGUAAACCGAUACGAGUGUCUGGCAAGUGCAGUUGCAAAACGUGUUCAGUUUGGACGUGGGAAUGUUUGUUAGCAUACUUGCCUUUAGAAGAGUGUUUUCGACAAAAGAGAAUGCUGUAAUCAGUCUGAUGAAUGAGAACACAUAGCCACACCGAAGCAGAACCCUGCACCCAUUCUAAGAUGGAGGAGCUGGCUGUGUUGGACUUAUUGGAGUGCCCGCUGUGUUUAGAGCGGCUGGAUGUUUCAGCCAAGGUCCUGCCUUGCCAGGAUACCUCCUGGAAGCCCAGCCUGCAUCAACAGGAGACCUCCAGGCCCGGGGCCAAGAUUGAGCUCCGCUGCCCAGAGUGUCAUACCCUGGUCCAGGCCAGGUCGGCGGAGGAGCUGCCCCCUAACCUCCUGGUUCGGCUCUUGAAGGGGCUCAACCAGGGGUCCAUGGUGCCAGGACGGGACAGGAACAAACCGCCUGCCCGAUAUAUGGUAUCCUCUGCCAGGGGCAGGGAGGCCCAGCAGCAGCAUCAGAAACAACAACAACAGAACCCACAGUCUGAUCAGCAGCACAGAGAGAGGCAGCAUGGGAAGAAUGAGUUCAUUGCCAGAGCCCUGUACGACCACAGAGAGAACGUCCCAGGAGUGAUUGACAUGGCGUCUGGUGACAUCAUCAUUCUGAGACAGAAGGUGGAUGAGAACUGGUAUUAUGGAGACACGAACAGCAGUAGUGGGCUGGUCGCUGCUAACAUGAUACAGAUUAUUGACCAGCAGCAUCAGACUCCACCACAGUGUCAAUCCCAAAAACGGUCCCAAUCUCAGACCCAGACACAGACCCAGACCCAGACCCAGCCACAAUUCCAGUCUCAGCCUUUAGCCCUCUGCAAAGCCCUGUACGACUUUGACUCCAAAGAGAUGGACGUGAAUCUGGAUGACUGCAAGGACUGUCUCACCUUCCACAAGGUACGUCUCUCUUUUCUCUUUAACUGUAUAUACUACUACAGGGCCAGGCUUGAAUUACUUUGAUGUAUUGGAGACCCACAG